CCAAUCAAAUCUAAGAAUGAGAUCACUGAUGAACCAGCAGAACAACUUCCUGAGGGCUUCGUCAUAGACUCUGAUGAACCAAUUCAACAGAUUGGUGAGAUUGUCGGGUUUGUCGAGAAGAGCAUCAUUAUCAAAAGUAAAACGUCUGGGGAAUUUAGGUUUCUUAGAGAAGGAUCAGUGCUGUGUUUCGAAGAUCGCACGCCAUUGGGAUACCUCUUUGAGAUCUUUGGGCCAGUGUCAAAGCCUAUGUACAGGGUGAAGUUCAAUAACGAGGCUCAAGCUCUGCAGUUUAAGGAUAAGAAAAAGGAGCCUGUUUACUAUGUCGUUCCAAAAUCCCAGUUCGAAUAUACAGAUAGCAUUAAA